UGGAACAAUGCUGGGACCUCAGGUGGUCAUUCAGCUUAGAAACAGGUCAACAGGGGCUGCGGCAGUGCCACCUUCUGUGUUCAUCAACAAGAACCCUCGCAACCUGGAACGCAUGAGGCUGGCUCGCAAGCAGCAGGGCUGGAAGCUUGAGUCUGAGAGCAGGGAGUACUGGCACAGGCUGCUGUUCGACGCGUCCCACCGACACACGUCGGCGCACGUGGAGCACCGGACGGGCCGCAGCGUGGUGUCGGCGUCCACGCGCGAGCUGUGCCUGCGCCGCCACCUGUUCUCGGCGGUAGAUGUGUCCGCGGCCGAGAACGUGGGCCGCGUGCUGGCGCGACGCUGCCUGCAGGCCGGUCUGACUGAAGUGCAUUUCGCUGCCACUGAGGAGGAGCUGCAGCGCUCGGAUCGGUUACGGCUGUUUGUCCGCGCGAUGGAGGAGGGCGGGGUGAAGCUGCAGGAGCCCUCUGCCAUCCAGUCCGAGCCGUGGUGGAGCAAGCAUAGGGAGCAGAAACCCUGGCACGUGUUAGAGGAGGAUGUUAUAGAUGCGCGAUGAGCGGCUAUUUGCACCUAUCAUUGACGUGUGAAGUUGCUAGCAUUGUUUAAUAAACGUUAGAUUGGCACACUU